AUGAGUAAUGGCACUAGGGUGUUUGUCGGCGGCCUGUCUCAUCGCGUUCGCGAGAGGGAUCUCGAGAGGUUUUUCCAGAAAAUUGGCAGAGUCAAGGAUAUUGCUAUGAAGAACGGAUAUGCUUUUGUGGAAUUUGAUGACUACCGUGAUGCUGAUGAUGCAGUAUAUGAAUUGAAUGGCCGUGAACUCAAUGGAGAAAGAGUUUCUGUUGAACGAGCUCGUGGAACACCAAGAGGCAGUGAUGUUUGGCGUGGUUCAGGGCGAGGUGGUGAUUUACCACCUCCUCCGCCAAGACGACCUCGUCGUGAUGCUAGGGAUGACAGAAAUGAUAGGUACGGUCCACCAACAAGAACAAAUUAUAGAUUAAUUGUUGAAAAUUUGUCAAGUCGUGUUAGCUGGCAGGAUUUAAAGGACUUCAUGCGCCAAGCUGGGGAGGUUACUUAUGCUGAUGCACAUAAACAACGCAAAAAUGAAGGUGUUGUUGAGUUUGCAUCCUAUUCGGAUCUUAAAACUGCAUUGGACAAGUUGGAUGAUACAGAAUUGAAUGGACGUCGCAUUAGACUCUUAGAAGACAGAAGUAGUAGUCGCGGUCGUGGUGGAGGUAGACGCAGUCGUAGUCCUUCAAGUUCUCGUUCUCGUUCAAGAUCCAGGUCUCGUUCACGCCGGCGUGUACGCUCUCGUUCAAGAAGUAGGUCACGAAGCCAUUCCAAGUCAAAGUCUGAGUCUCGUUCGAAAUCUCCUUACAAAUCACCAGCUCAUUCCAAAUCGCGUUCCCGUUCAGGAUCUAUAGAUAAAAAGAGGUCUCAGUCACGUUCACAAUCAAUAUCUAAUAAGCGUAUUAAGCGCGAUUCACGUUCACCUGAUGAAAAAUCUCGCUCACCAUCAAGAGAGAAGAAUGGUGAUGCCAGUCCACAGUCAGGAGAUGAUUAG